AUGUGCAACAGGGUAGGGACUCAAGAUAGAGUAAAAAAGAAGCCAGUUGACAAGAAGACUGGAGAAACUUUCCCACCAAGACUACAAGUAAGAGACAGAGUAUUCUGCAAAAUAGACCUGAAUCUACAAAUAGGGAAGAGCUUCUUUAUGAGGAACUUUUCUCUUGUGGUCCUGAGGAUUCUUGUUUCCCAUGAGCGGUCAGGAAUGAUGGUGAAAUACUUCUUGUUGUUUGCUGCUGCUGUGGCUGCUACUGUCUUUGUUCCUGAUCUGGCUCCGGGUACCAGACACCACAAACAUCAUAGAGCUCUCUAUAAUAAACUGAUCACGGAAUCACAAACCGAUCCACAAGAAGAAAUUGUCAAUGCUCACAAUGCUUUCAGGAGGAAAGUGUCUCCACCUGCCAAGAACAUGCUGAAGAUGAGUUGGAGUCCCGCAGCUGCAGCAAAUGCGAGAAUCCUGGCGCGCUACUGUGACACGUCCACGAGCGACCCACUUGAGAGAAGACUUAACAAUACAUUUUGUGGAGAAAAUAUGCACUUGGGACGUUACCCCUACUCCUGGUCAAAAGUAGUAGAAAUGUGGUACAAUGAAUCCAAAUACUUCACAUAUGGAGAAUGGCCAUCUUCAGACGAUGACUUUGAAACAAGUCAUUACACUCAGAUGGUCUGGGCCUCUUCUUACCUCAUUGGCUGUGAUGUCGCAUCAUGUCGCAGACAAAAGGCACCUAUAUAUCUCUAUGUGUGUCACUAUUGUCAUGAGAGAAAUAAUCCCGACUUGCUAAAUAUGCCUUAUAAGGAAGGCUCGCCAUGUGGAGACUGUCCAAAUCACUGUGAAGAUGGACUAUGCACAAACCCCUGCCGUUACUACGACGAAUACAAUAACUGUGAUAAGCAAGUGACCCUUAUUGGAUGCUCACAUUCUUCAGUUCUAAAAUUCUGCAAGGCUACCUGUCUGUGUAAAACAGAAAUAAAAUAA